AUGGACAUCCACCGCUGCCGCUUCGUUCCGUUCCCUGCCUCGCCAAUCAACACCAUCGCCUUUUCCCACCCUUUCCUGUCCUCCAAGAGGCCUGCCCGACUUGCGAUUGGAAGAGCGAAUGGCGAUAUUGAGAUAUGGAACCCCCUGAAUGGCAAUUGGUUUCAAGAAACCAUAAUACAUGGCGGAAGUGAUAGGAGUGUGGACUCUCUUGUCUGGGUGACCGGCGAAGACGAACAUCUGCCAGGAGGAAACGUCAUUGCAGGGAGGUCAAGGCUGUUCAGCAUCGGCUACACCACGACCGUGACAGAAUGGGACCUUGAACAGGGCAGGGCAAAAAGGCAUGCGAGUGGGCAACACGGAGAUAUCUGGCUUGUCGCGGGCACGAUCGACGGUAGUAUUGUUCUCUACUCUAUCGACGAUGACGAUCUUCAGUUCCAGAGAGUGCUGGUCAAAACCGCAAAGCGCAACAUCAAGAUGGUUAGCAUCGCCUUCCAGUCACGGCAAGUCGCUGUUGUCGGGUGCUCGGAUAGCUCGAUAAGAGUUUACGAUCUGAGGAGAGGAGAGCUCCUGCGCAAGAUGACAUUGGGAAAAGAUCUCAUUGGCGGAUCGAAGGACAUCAUUGUCUGGUCCGUCAAGUGUCUCAAGAAUGGCGACAUUGUGUCUGGCGACUCUACCGGCCAGGUGGUAAUCUGGGAUGGCAAGACCUAUACGCAGGCGCAGCGGAUACAAGGGCACAAGUCAGAUGUAUUGAGUCUUGCGACGAGUGCAGAUGGCUCCUCAAUCAUUAGCGGAGGCAUGGACCGCCGGACAGCACUGUACCGCCCUAUGGCGCGUGAUCCUUCUCGUUGGCAGAGAGUCUGGCACAGGAAAUACCACGACCACGACGUGAAAGCCAUGGCAUCUUUUGAAGGCCAAGGCAUGAGUGUCGUCGUGACCGGAGGACCUGAUGCCACACCCGUCGUCACCCCUCUGCGCCAAGCUGGUGUCGAAAAUCACCGCACCCUCUCUCAUCUUCCACACACCAUCCCGCUUCAAAGUGCCCCCCAGGGGCGUCUGAUCGUUAGUUGGUGGGACAGAGAGAUACAUAUCUGGACACUACGUCGGCCGAUGAAAGACCUUCUCGAGAGCGAUGAUGUGGAACAAAGUAUUGAAACGAAUCGCAAGUUGCUGGGGCGGAUACUCAUCAAGGGCGAAUCAAACAUCACCUCGGCUUCGAUCAGCAGAGAUGGCUCAGUCCUAGUCGUCUCGACUGUCUCUGCCAUCAAGGCGUUCCACCUGACGCCGAGCGCUGAUGCCAGGGAAGAAGUGCGCAUUCGCAAGAUCGAGGUCCCUGCUGCAAUCGAAAGCUCCGGCUCCACGCUGGUGCAAAUCUCUCCUGACGGCCAGUGGCUCUGCUGGAUUCAGGAGGGCACUAAGGUCCUCACGACAAGAAUAAUACGGGACGAUUCCUCGGACGAAUCUUUGGUAUCCAUAUCUCCGCGGCCUGCAAAGCUGACCCGACUGAGACGAGACAUUCCCAAGCACGUACGCCUUGGCGGUCUGGGCAGCUACGAUAGGCGUGUCACACAUGUUGCUUUCUCCCCCGAUAGUGGCAUGCUCGCUACCGCGGACUUGGCCGGCUACAUUGACACAUGGAUCAUGCAGGACGGCGGCCUACAGAAUGGCGCCAGUCCUAGAAGCGAAGACGAUGACGCGGCAUCAGCAUCAGGCGACUCGACUGAUUCUGACAGCGAUGAGGGCCAAGGCCCUGGGCAGGCCUCUGGGCCAAGGUGGAUUCGGAACCCCAAGGCACCACUGUUUCCCAAGCUGUCGCAGUCGCCCGUGGUGCUAUCCUUUUCGGAGGAGGCGCUCGGCUCGUCCCUCUAUGGCGAAGGUGACCAUGGUUCGGAUGACUACGUCUUACUGGCCAUCACUACCGCCUCGCGCAUCUACACAUUCCACGCGCUUGAGGGAUCGUUGACAAAAUGGUCCCGGCGCAACGCCGCGUGGAAGCUCCCCGACGAGGUCCGUGCUACGCGCGACCUGAUCAAGGGCGCUCUGUGGCAGGGAUCCCGCAUCUGGAUGUACGGGACAAGCUUCCUCUUUAUGCUUGAUAUCUCACUCGACUUUGGCGAGGACGGAGAUGAGUCUGCCAAGCAGAAGAGGAGCAGGAAGCGCAAGAGGGGCACGGACACCGGCGCGGGUAGCAAGAUGGAGAGCUCUCAAGCCUUGGCUCCGCAGCAUGUUCGUGUUGCGCUUGCCGAGAAUGGGAAGAGCGGCGAGUGGGUGGAUGUCGAGAUGGGAGAUGCUGAUGCCGAUAGCUCACAGGUCAGCAAGGGUGAUUUGGAGGGCAAUCACGACGAUGACGACGACAGUGAGGAGGAGGAGGAAGAAGAAGGCGGUGAGCUGCAGAGGCUGCGGGACCGCGAGCAGUCACAGCAGAAGGAGGUGGGAGGCAGCGGCGCCGCGGAGGACGACGGUGUUGCCAAGCGCAGGAACUGGUGGCACACGUACAAGUACCGGCCGAUAUUGGGCAUCGCGGCGACAGCUGGCGCUCACCCACCGCUGGAGAUCGCGCUGAUGGAAAGGCCGAAGUGGGAUCUCGACGCGCCAGCGAGAUACGUGGAGGACUAG